CUUCGUUUUCUUUUCUUCUUUUAGAACUUUGGAAACAAAGGAAGCUUCAAUUUCUUCUAAGAAAGUAUAUUUUUUUUAGGUGUUAAUGCUAUAUAUCAUUAGGGUAUAUAACAUAACAUAACUUCACAGCCAAAUAUCUCAUUUGCCAGUAGAAAGAGCUUUGAGCAGAAACCAUGGGAGAAGCAGCUGAAGCUCAAUACUUCAGAUCAGAAAUAGCUCUUCUGAAUUACUCAGAUGCCAGUUUGAAACCUCCACUCUCUCCUCUCUUGAUCCACAUUGAUCCACUCACACCAACUUCUUCAUCUCCCUCAGAAGCUCAUCCAUCACCCUCUUCCCAGCUCCACCAACAGGAACAACACCCCAAAGACGCCUGGCUUCCCAUCACCGAAUCAAGAAAUGGAAAUGCCUUUUCUGCAGCCUUCCAUGUUCUUAACUCCAAUAUCGGCUUCCAGGCUCUCAUGCUUCCCGUUGCUUUCGCCACUCUUGGUUGGGUGUGGGGCACAGUAUGUUUGACAGUGGCAUUCAUUUGGCAGCUCUAUAGCAUAUUUCUUCUUGUUGAACUUCACGAAUCCGUCCCUGGGAUUCGUCACAGCAGAUAUCUCUUCCUCGCCAUGGCUGCAUUCGGUAAAAGGUUAGGGAAAGUUGCAGCAUUAUUCCCAGUGAUGUAUCUUUCAGGAGGCACAUGCGUCAUGCUUAUCAUCACCGGUGGUGGGACCCUGAAACUGUUAUUCAAGACACUUUGCGAGAAUGAUAAUGGAAACAUUUGUAGUGCCCACGCGCUUACCGGGGCAGAGUGGUUCUUGGUCUUUACCUGUGCCGCCAUUCUCGUUGCACAGUUGCCAAACCUCAACUCCAUGGCCAUGGUUUCUCUCGUCGGAGCCGUUACCGCCAUCUCUUAUUGCACCCUCUUCUGGGUUCUCUCCGUUAAGAAGGGUAGGCCCAACAACGUAUCGUAUACCUCAACCCUGUCGCAAGAAUCCACUGCGGUGGGUAAGAUCAGCGACGUUCUCAAUGCUAUCGGAAUCAUCGUGCUAGCCUACAGAGGUCAUAAUGUUUUGCUCGAGAUACAGGGGACGCUGCCUUCAGAUUUCGAAAGAACAUCCAAAGAGCCAAUGCGCAGAGGAGUGAGCAUGUCAUAUGCUCUGAUCUCCACGUGCGUCUUUCCUCUUGCAAUUGCCGGAUUCUGGGCCUAUGGAAGCCAGAUAAACGAGGGUGGAUUGUUGUAUUCGUUCCCGCAAUUGCACAGGAAGCAGAUAACGAAAUUCUCUAUGGGAGCAAUAUACGUUCUGGUGAUAAUUCAUUGUUUGAGCAGCUACCAAAUCUAUGCGAUGCCGGUUUUCGACAACCUUGAGAUAAGAUUGACGAGCAUAACGAAUGAGAGAUGUUCGGGAUUGGCGAGAACAUGCAUACGAUUAUUUUUCGGGGGAUUGACGUUUUUCAUAGCUGUCACAUUCCCAUUCCUUCCAUCCCUAUCAGCACUGCUCGGAAGCAUAACCCUGGUGCCAAUCACGUAUGCAUACCCCUGUUUCAUGUUUCUAUCACUGAAGAAGCCUCGACCAAGAGGUUUUGUUUGGUGCUUCAACGCUGCGCUCGGGUGCUUAGGGUUGCUUCUCAGUGCUCUUCUCUUAGCUGCAGCUGCAAGGACUCUGUCUCACAAAGGCUUGAAUGCUAACUUUUUCAGACCAUAACAUUACUGUUCUCCAUUAGCGGCUAGCAGAAGCUAGAAGCUGCUUACCAACUAAUUACCAUUAAUUUAUUUUCAACCCUAAAUAUAAUCAUAGCUUAGUCCCUCUAAAUCUCCUGUUACACGAAAGAGUUAUGCUACGUGAACAUUUUUGUUAUUUUAUAUAAUUAUGUAUAUUAUUCUCUUAUUUUAGAAUUACAAAAUGUUUCAAAAGAAAUGGAACUAACCAAAAGAAGUCAAGAGA